AUGGCCGAACCAUGCGCCGCGUAUGGAGGGGAGUUGGAGCUUUCGGACCUCGUCCGGCAGGGCAUGGAGUACCACCAUGGAUACUGCAACAAAAUCAAGGAGAUCGAAGCCGUGGGCGACGUGGUCGCCAAGAAAGAGAUGCUGGACUCGGUCACCAACAAUCUUCUCGAAAACCUCACUAACCAAGACAUGGCCCUCUCACCCUUCCUCUGCGGUAUCACCGAGCUCCUCAUCGGUCAGAUCGGAGACGCCAAAGACCAUUCGACCCUCGAGCACGUGGAGGCGGCGCUCGAGAACUUUAAUCAGGCCAUCGCGGCAUCAACGCUCAGCGGAGACAUCCAGGUGAUUGGAUUUCUUCAAACACAAGCCGGCAACGAGAUUCUGCGCCUGCAACACCAGGCCAAGCAACGGAAGCAACGAGUCCUAUCGAGCGUCGGGUCGGCUUCGGGAGUGCGCUCGACUCUCGAGAAGACGCCUAACACUGGGCAACCCAAGGAUAGCCAUGCAGAGGAGAAGCCGAAGCCGGUGAAGGAGAGGCUGUGGAAGCGGAUUAGACACAAGGUCAAGAGGGUGUUGGGUGAUGAGGAUGAGAAGAAGAGUGCGGCCAGGCAAUGA